AUGCCAUUACCUCCCAGGAAAAAGCAAAUAAGUUUAGUUCAUUUAUUUGACGAUCUAGAAUCUUCAGAAGAAGAGCAGGAGGAUGGACGAGUAAUUGUAGGAGACACCUGGAAAUCAUUUCCCAAGGAAGAAGAAAACGAAGCACCAAAAGCUUUGGUCUUGACACGACAAAAUUGCUCUUGUGCAGACUGUGAGAAAGUAAUUUCUCCCGAGUAUAGACCGGAUUUUGAACCAUUGAAAAAGAUAUUUAAUUCAGAAAAAUUACUUCGUCAUGCGGCAAUGUUUGCUGGAACACGUAAAAUAACGGAAAAAAUUAUUGAUCAUUUCCAUAACACAUGGGGUCAUCCUCUGCAUAUGGGUUGCCCUGAUGUACAAUACGUGACGUUUAUGAAAUGUGAUAAAAAAUUAUGUCAACGAUGGGACGAAUACAUAUCAGAAUUGGCGCUCUUUUGUAGUAAUAAUAAUCCCAACGUAAAGGCAUUAUGGCAUGGCACGAGCGUAAGAUGCAAUAUCGAGAAAGCACAAGGACCAUGUAACCCGUCAUCAAAAGAGAGCUGUGCUUCUUGUAAUAUUUUGACUAGUGGAUUCGAUAUAAGUAAAAGUGGAACGGCUAACUCUUUUAAAAGAUUUGGGACAGGUAUUUAUUUCGCUUCCAAUUCUUCAAAAGCGCAUAGCUAUGCGACACCACGUGGGAAUGACGAUACUUAUACGAUUCUUUUUUGUUUUGUGGCAUUGGGAAGGUGUCACUCUACAGAGAACGAUCAACCAUAUCUUACAGAACCACCAUAUCCAUGUCACUCGGUACACGGAAUCGUUGGGUCCCGAUUAAAUUUCGAGGAGUUUGUCGUGUAUAGAGGCGAUGCAGUGAUUCCGUUCGCUGCUGUCAGUUAUAGAAUGAAAAAU